AGCAACAAUAAUAUUUGGAGAGUUAAGUGGCCGCAGUCUGCAGCACAAGCCGAGAUGCAUGACCAGUGAGCUCUCCGUGGCGCACACAGUCAGAUUGGCCCGGACAGCGAUCACUCGUCGUUACUUCCCAGCGCACAGAGCAGUUGUUGGCCAGAGGAGGACACACGUUGCACGAUGGGGACGAAGCUGACGCGACAGAGAGGCUGUUCAGUUUUCUGAGGACGCACAAGCGACGCUUCCUGCCAUUGCGCACAACUUCUGACUCGAAUUGCAGCGUGGACCUUUCCAGACCAGAGGGCAGACAUGGCUGCAGUCAUUCAUUCGUACAUUUUUGUGAUAUUCCUCCUCUGUGUGAAACAAACAUUUUGCAUGGAGGAAGAUUUCUUCAAACCCGUUCGCGUGGAUCACCAAGGGCACGAGAAGCAUCUGCACGUGAAUGACAGACACGUUGUUUUUCUACUGAGUGCGUUCAAACGGGAAUUUUACCUCCGACUCGCACCGGAUUCUAGUUUCCUUGCGCCUGGCACCUUGGCCCCUGAGAGCGGCUCCCUGGCAUCCAACGCCUCUGUCGCGGCUGACCUCAGGGAAUGCUUCUUCUCCGGCGAUGUCAACUCAGACGCGGACUCCUUUGCCGCGCUCAGCCUGUGCAAAGGUCUCCGCGGAGGGUUCUCCUAUAAGGGGAUGGAGUAUUUCAUCAGCCAGGGCACGGUCGAAGACGCACCAGCCGCGUCGGGAUACAGAAACUAUUUCGAUCGGACGCAUGUCAUCCGCCGCAGGAGGCGCGCUGCGCUCCCGGGCGGCAACUUGACCAGCAGGUGUGGAGUUACACCUGAUCCCAGCCUCCCCAUUUCCCUGGAGAAAUACAAGCACAUGGGCGAAGCGGGUAAUGACGACUUAACUCAAACUGUGUUGAAAACCUUAGGCAGGUCCAAACGAUUCGCCUCCAUCCCCCGGUUUGUGGAGGUGCUGGUGGUGGCAGACGAGUCCAUGGCUAAAUUUCACGGGGACGACCUGAAGCACUACCUCCUGACCCUGAUGUCAGUAGCCGCCAGGCUGUACAAACACCCCAGCAUUUUCAACUCCGUACACAUCGUGGUGGUGGGCUUCACGGUGAUAAAUGACGCCAACAAGGGGCCAAAGGUUUCCAGCAACGCAGCCCUGACCCUGCGCAACUUCUGCUCCUGGCAGAAGAAGUUGAAUAAGCACAGUGACAAGCACCCUGAGUACUGGGACACUGCCAUCCUGUUCACUAAGCAGGAUCUGUGUGGGGCCACGACCUGCGACACACUCGGGAUGGCUGACGUCGGGACCAUGUGUGACCCGAAGAGGAGCUGCUCUGUCAUCGAGGAUGACGGCCUGCCCUCGGCUUUCACGACUGCCCACGAACUUGGCCACGUCUUCAACAUGCCCCACGACAAUGUGAAGGCUUGCGAGGAGGUAUUCGGGAAACUAAAGGACAACCACAUGAUGUCUCCCACGCUGAUUCAGAUUGACAGGAGCCGGCCCUGGUCCGUGUGCAGCGCAGCCAUCAUUACCGAGUUCCUGGACAGGGGUCAUGGAGACUGUCUGCUGGACCAGCCUCAGAGGCAGCUGUCUCUGCCAGACAACCUGCCCGGAUCCAGCUACAGCCUGCACCGCCAGUGUGAGCUCGCCUUCGGCGCCGCCUCUAAGCCCUGCCCAUACAUGCAGCCCUGCUCCAAACUGUGGUGCACGGGCAAGGCCCGUGGACAGUUGGUCUGUCAGACCCGACACUUUCCCUGGGCGGAUGGCACCGGCUGUGGCAACAGCAAGGUCUGCUACCGAGGAGCUUGCGCCGAUAAGAACACCACCAUGCACAUCAAGGUGGAUGGCCGUUGGGGGAAGUGGGGCGCUUUUGGAGACUGUUCCCGGAGUUGUGGUGGAGGAGUUCAGCUGGCCAAGAGAGAGUGUAACAACCCUGUCCCUGAGAACGGAGGCAAAUACUGCUACGGCCUUCGCAUCAGAUAUCGCUCCUGUAACCUCAACCCCUGUACCGAAACAGGUAAAAGUUUCCGGGAGGAGCAGUGUGAGGCGUUCAACGGCUUGAACCUGAACACCAACAGACUUGGCUCCUCUGUGGUGUGGGUUCCCAAAUACUCAGGCAUCUCUCCCAAGGACAAAUGCAAGCUUAUCUGCCGCGCCAACGGGACCGGGUACUUCUACGUCCUCGCCCCAAAGGUCGUGGACGGGACGCCCUGCUCUCCUGACACCUCAGCCGUAUGUGUCCAGGGGAAAUGCAUCAAGGCAGGCUGCGAUGGCAAGCUGGACUCCAGCAAGAAGUUUGACAAGUGUGGCGUGUGCGGCGGGGACAACCAGGGUUGCAAGAAAGUCUCGGGAAUGUUCACCAAACCAAUUCAUGGCUACAACUUUGUGGUGAUGCUGCCAGCUGGAGCCUCCAACAUUGACAUCCGCCAGCGCGGCUAUCGAGGAAUGGUCAGCGAUGAAAACUACUUAGCGGUGAAGAAUCAGUACGGCAAGUACCUCCUGAACGGCAACUACGUGGUGUCAGCCGUUGAGCGCGACCUGCUGGUGAAGGGCAGCCUGCUGCGCUACAGCGGCACCUCCACAUCUGUGGAGAUCCUGCGGGCCACCAGACCGCUGCAUGAGCCCUUGACUGUGGAGGUACUCUCCGUGGGGAAGAUGACUCCACCCAGGGUGCGCUACUCUUUCUUCGUCUCCAAGGAGAACAAGCAGGAGAAGACGCUGCAGAAGGAGGACAGGAGCCUCAAAACGCUGAACAGCAUCUUGAUGGAUAGCAACAAAGUAGAGGUUAAGAAGCAGGCGAUGGGUAAGAGGCCAAUCAGUCACUGGGUGACAGGAAGUUGGGAUUCGUGCACAGUGACCUGUGGCAGCGGUUUUCAGAAGAGGCUGGUGCAGUGCCAGAGCGUGGAGGGGCGUCCCGCCGUGGACUGCGACAGCGCCGAGAGGCCCUUAGCGGUGAGGGCAUGUGGGGAUCCAUGUCCCAUGUGGGACAUAGGUACCUGGUCUCACUGCUCCAAGUCCUGUGGAAGGGGCUUUAAAAGGCGGCCAGUGCAGUGCAUGACAGAGAACGGUAUGAAUCUUCCCAGAGACCACUGCUUCGGGAGAAGGAAGCCUCAGGAACUGGACCUCUGCAACCUAAAGCCAUGUUAGAGCAGAGCAGACACAGCGCCGAGGACAUAUUUUUGGAAGUCAACCUGAUGAUUUGGCAUGAAACCUUGUUCCAAAUCAACAUGACAAUGAUUCGAUGGCUGCGCUGGAUGCAAACACUCCUAACUUCAGUCUGACUACGUCUGCAGGAGUCACCUGCUCUACAGAGGACGCCAGGGAGGGUCCUGUCCUCCUGCUCCAGUUUGGGAAAAGACAGAGGUGUGUUUACAUAAA